AUGGACAUCGAGCCCCUCAACUCGCAGAUCAAUUCUGUAGAUCGUGCCAAUAACGCAAUGCCUAGCCUUGCUGGUGGAGGGGCUAUGCUCGAUAAUGGUCGUUACACACGCGAAGAGAUUGAUUACUGGAGGGCAAGGUUCAAGGAAAUUAAUACCAGCGGUGAUCGUUAUAUCGAACCGUAUGAGAUCAUUAACGCUGCGAAAAAGGAAGGUUUCGAGAUGAGUGAUGAGGAGGCCAAGGAGUGGAUCGACGAGUUGGAUGAGAACCACGACGGCAAAGUCUCAUUUAGCGAAUUCAUUAAAGCGUUUGGAGAACUAAAGAGCAACCAGUGA